CUAUAAUUUCUUUCAUUUUUUUUUUUUGAUCAACGCUUGGGACACUCCAAAAUUUCACUCCAAAAUUCCUUUUGAGAAACAAUGAAUUCGCCCAGCACACGUCAUCAUUUGCCGCGCGUGUUCUUUUUCUCCUUCCUGCUUUAUUUGCUGCGCCUGCGUAAGCUUCUUUCGUUCAUCCAGUACGAAGAGGGUUCGAAAAGAACCUGCCCGUGCCCAUCGUCAAAGCAAGAAGAAGGGACCCCUUUGAAUCACAUGGCGGGUGUUAUUGCAAGCAGAAGACGUCAAUUCUUUCGACUUUUCUGGGAAUGCUUUCGAACCUUGAUGAAAGGAUCCAUUUCAAAGAAGUUCACUGUGCAGCCACAUGAGGAUCCUUCGAACAACCCGGUCACUGUUGCCCACAAAAAACAGUGCUUCAACAUGUCUGCUAAUACGAGCAGCUUCAUUCACCGAAAUAAUUUGCUACCGAUGGUGUCGGUUAUAUGGUCAAGAUGAAACUUUGCUGAUCGAAUUAUCGUCGGGAAGCCUACGUGAAGAUUUUGACCAUACACUUGGCGAUUCUCUGAAGCUGCUCGAGAAUUUGAUUGCCGUUGUCAAUACGUACCGUGCCAAGUAUAUAAUAGU